AUGGUUAGUAAAAGGGGGAUUGAUGCCAAUCCUCCCAAAGUACAAGCAGCUCUUGAUAUCCCCGAGCCAAAGACAAAGAGGGAUGUUCAACGCCUAACUGGCAGAAUGGCCGCCUUGUCCAAAAUUAUCUCUAAAGCCUUGGACAAAGGGCUACCUUUAUUCAAAGCGCUCAAACUACUAAAAUCAAAAGAGCUCAUUUGGGGAGACGAGCAAAAGCAAGCCUUUCAGCAACUCACUUCGAACAACGAAGCCGAAUAUGAAGCAGCGAUUACUGGCUUAGAGUUGUGCAUAGCAUUGGAGGCCGAGCACGUCUGUUUAAAGACAAACUCUCAGCUCAUCGCAAACCAGAUCCGAGGUGAAUAUGAGCCCAAGGAGCUCUCAGCUUACCUUGCGAAGAUCAAGACUGUUAUUGUGAAGCUCAGAACUUUUGAAAUUGAGCUGAUCCCAAAGGGUCAAAACGCACAAGCCGAUGCACUCUCCAAACUUGCAAUUAUCCAUCGGCCAUCCCGAGAUCUUCAGCCAAUCCUGAAUCCUCUUCCAUUUGCUCAAUGGGGAUUGGAUAUAUUGGGACCAUUUCCUGAUGCUCCUUAUCAAAAUAGAUGGUUGAUAGUCGGCAUAGACUACUUCAGCAAAUGGAUUGAAGCCGAGGCUGCUUCGAACAUUACCGAGCAAACUAUCAGGAAAUUUAUAUGGCAAAACAUCAUCACUCGUUUCGGAAUUCCGAAAGUUUUUGUAUUUGAUCAUGGAAGGCAAUUUGAUAAUCUGCCGCUGAAGCGAUACAUAGAUCAGUUCGGCAAUAAACUGGCAUAUUCUGCAGUUUGUCAUCCGCAGAGCAAUGGUUAG